UGUCCUUUGGUAGAGGGUCAAGUGGCGGCCUAUGCUAGUAGUUAUUAUCGGUUUGUUUUAGCGGUGAGAAUGGUCGCUAAAAACAGCAUUAUUUCUGGCCCACUUCCAUAAAUAGCUGGCGAGGCACAUCGAGCCCGUUCCCUAGACAGUAGCAUUUUCUAAUUCGUACAUGCAUUUUAAUGCCUGGUUUGGUGUGGGAUAAACUUCUCAGCAUUUGUUGUUAGGUCUCUCUACAAGCAUACACAGCUUAAGAGCAAAUUAUAUUCCGUGUGUAAGAAAUCUAGGGUUUCGUACAAUUUCUGGAUACUGACAAGGGUUUAUGAAUUGCUGAUACGGACAAUUUAGGGUUUGGACUGUACGCAGAGGUAGAUGGAUCGUGGUACAGGGAGAUUCUCUGCUUUUAUUUCUGUGUAGGAUUUGAGAGCUGCGACGAAAACUGGACAAUUGUAUAGAUGUGGAGAAAACUUACAGAACGGGAGAUUAUAACGGUCUUGUGAUGGCGGAUAAUCGUCGCUAUGUGCUGACUCCUCAAUUAGACAUUGGGCAAAUAUUACUGGAAGCUCAACACCGUUGGCUUCGACCAACGGAGGUUUGUGAAAUUCUUCGGAACUAUAAAAAAUUUCGCUUAGCACCUGACCCACCACACAAACCACCAGGUGGAUCAUUGUUUCUGUUUGAUCGGAAAGCACUGCGUUAUUUUCGUAAAGAUGGCCUUAACUGGCGGAAGAAAAAAGAUGGCAAAACAGUAAGGGAAGCGCAUGAAAGAUUGAAAGCUGGCAGUAUUGAUGUGCUUCAUUGUUAUUAUGCUCAUGGUGAAGAUAAUGAAAACUUCCAGCGACGAUGUUACUGGAUGCUUGAUGAGCAAUAUGAGCAUAUUGUUCUUGUUCAUUAUCGAGAAGUCAAAGAGGGUAACAAAGGUGGAGCUCCACGUUCUGCACAUACAGAAAGAGCUGGGCAGAUAGCAAAUUCAGUGGGACAGAUAACUUCAUAUUCAAAUCAAGCACACACGAGUUCUUUGUUGGCACAAACAACCUAUGCUUCAAGUGCUAGCACUGAAUGGAAUGGGCAAACUCAUUCCUCUGAAUUUGAGGAAGGUGAAUCUGGAGAUGAUGUUGGUGGUGCCUUUUCACUUGAAGGCGAAGCCUCAUCAGCAGACCAAGAAUCUAUUCUAAGACAACUAAAUGAAAAUGAGGAAUUGGUUGUAGAUUCUACAGGAUAUCAACCUCAGACACAUCGGAAGACAAUUGGGAAUUUUCCAGUGGAUAAAAUGAGCUACAGUCCUCUUAAUGCAAGUGAAAUUGUCCCUGAGCAAUAUUCAUUCCUAGGACUGAAACAACCUUCACAAGGACAUUUUUCUAAACAAAUUGAAGACAGUCAAUUGGGUAUUCCUUUUCAAAAUGCUUCUUUGGGGCUUUAUAGAAAUAGGGAAAAUUCAAGCCUAACUCUAAGUCAAGGGGAUUAUUCUGGAAGGCAGAUAUUCUCUCCAAUUGCUACUUCAGGAUCCAAUGAUUUAAGUAUGCAAAGCAAGAAUGUGGUUGUAGGUGGUAACAGGAUUAAUAAUGGGCAUGGGAACAAUCCAGCUACAUGGACAGGUGUGUUAGAGCUUUCCAAAACAGGUUUUCCAAAUGAUGCAGAGGAGACAAAGGCCCCUUCCUUGCAAUCCAUGACUCGUGAGGAUAUCCAAAGAACACAGAGAAGCAUUGCAAUGGAAACAUAUGUAAGCAGUGAGCUUGGUGGUGGACAUCAAACUUACACAGACGCUCAUCUUCAAGCCUUGGCAAGAGGAGAUAUGCAGAACAAUUUUGAGCAGAUGGGAUCACACAGGUUUAUACCGAAUACCAUGCUAAGCAGUGCAGAUAAUCAACAGAUGGCAGGGUUGGGAUAUGGGUCUCUGAAUCUUAUGCAACAGAAGAACAGCAAUUUAAAAGAUUUGGGUCUGUUUCAAGAACCUUCACAUCAGCAAAAUAAUCAGCAGAUGAAGCAGGAGACACAGAAUGAUGGCACCAAUCAGCUUUUUGAAAAUGAAUAUAUAGCUAAACUGGAGACUGAAAAUGAUAUAAAACCACAGGAGAAUUCACUUUACCCUCAGAUGUGCAGGCAGUUCUCACAAGAAUGUUCUUUUGAAGUUGAAGGUCAAGAGGGUUUGAAGAAACUGGAUAGUUUUGGGCGAUGGAUGAGUAGAGAAAUUGGUGGAGAUGGUGAGGACUCACUGGUGGCAUCUGAUUCUGGUAUGUAUUGGAACACACUUGAAGGUCAAAAUGGAGUUGAGGAAGUGUCAAGUUUGUCUCGUCAAAUUCAAUUAGAUGGUGAUUUGAUGAGCCCUUCACUAUCAAAAGACCAGCUGUUCAGUAUCUCUGAUUUCUCUCCUGACUGGGCAUAUUCAGAAGUGGACACAAAGGUCCUAAUAACAGGCAAAUUCGUGGGAGGCAUAAAGGAUAUCUAUAAGUAUAAACUGUCAUGUAUGUUUGGGGAAAUUGAGGUUUCAGCAGAUGUUUUGGGCCCAGGUGUUCUUCGAUGUCAAGCUCCUCCCCAUUCUUCUGCAAGAGUACCUUUUUAUGUUACUUGCAGUGAUAGGUUGGCUUGUAGUGAAAUACGGGAGUUUGAGUAUCGUGCAGGUCCAUCUCAAGACAUGAUUGCCAGCACAGAUAUGGAUAAUGAAGCUGGAGAAGAAUUGAGACUUCAGAUACAAUUUGCAAAAUUGCUGUGUUUGAAUUUUAACAAAGCACAAAUACCAUCAUCUGUCAAUGAGGAUGGGAGUUGUAACAUACACGAUAAGUUAACUUCUCUGAGGAAAGACAGUGAGGCAGAGUGGUUAGAGAUGGAGAGAUCUAUAAAAGAAUCUACAGCUGAGUUUGCUAAGGUGCGUGCAAAGUUGGUGCAGAAGUUACUCAAGGAAGAAUUGUAUGCUUGGCUUCUUUCAAAAAUAAAUGAUGAAGGUAAAGGGCCAUGUGUAUUAGAUGACCAGGGGAAAGGAGCUAUACACUUGGCAGCUGCUCUUGGUUAUGACUGGGCAAUGAAUCCAAUUGUUUCUGCUGGUGUCAAUGUCAACUUUCGUGACUUGCAUGGUUGGACAGCACUUCACUGGGCUGCAUAUUAUGGAAGAGAACGGACGGUGUCUGCACUUAUCAACUUAGAGGCAGCUCCAGGGGCAUUGACAGAUCCAACACCUGAAUUUUCUGCUGGCCGUACACCUGCAGAUUUGGCUUCCAGUCGGGGACACAAAGGCAUUGCAGGUUAUUUGGCAGAGUCUUCUUUGACAAGUCAUCUGUCUAAUUUGUCAAUAAAUGAAAAUAUUAUGGGAAGUGUUUCAGCAACUCUUGCUGGUGAGAAAGCUGUGGAGACUGUGGCAGAGCGCAAUAUUCUUCAGCUUGAAGAUGGAGGAAGAGAAGACCAAUUGUCAUUAAAAGACUCACUCGCUGCAGUCAGAAAUGCUGCUCAAGCAGCAGCCCGUAUCCAAGGAGCCUUUCGAGUGCAUUCAUUCCGCAGGAAGCAAUUGAUUCAAUAUGGAGAUGAUAAGUGUGGAAUGUCAGAGGAAAAAGCACUUUCAUAUAUUUCUGUUCAAAGAUCAUCUAAGUUGGGUAACACUGAUGAGCCUUUGCACACGGCAGCUAUACGCAUACAGCGAAAGUUUCGUGGUUGGAAGGGUCGCAAGGAAUUUUUGAUUAUUCGCCAACGCAUUGUCAAAAUUCAGGCACAUGUAAGGGGACAUCAAGUUAGAAAAAAUUAUAAAAAGAUUGUUUGGUCAGUUGGAAUUGUGGAAAAGGCAAUCUUGCGCUGGAGACGAAAGCGAGUUGGAUUGCGUGGUUUUCGAGCAGAAGGAGCUAUUGAAGGUUCAGGUGCAAAACAUGGUAACCGUAAUGAAAAUGAUGAUUAUGAUUUUUUGCGGGCUGGAAGAAAGCAAAUGGAAGCUGCUGUUGAAAAGGCCCUUGCACGUGUCCAGUCCAUGGUCCAGUAUCCAGAAGCACGAGAUCAAUACCGGCGAUUAUUAGCCAUUUCACAAGAAAAUAAGGUUGAUACUGGAGGAAUCUCAGAUGUGCAGUCUCAAAACACAAUUAACUCCAAAAGCAAUGCAGAAGAUCAAGAUGUUCUCAUGUCAAUUACAGAUUAACGUCUGAUCUUAGUUUUGUUUAAUGCUGCUUAUCAAGAACUUGUGGCACUUGUAUUAUAAUCUAUAUUUUUUUCUUUUGUUCUUUACAUUAUCUUUCGCAGGGCAUUUGGGCGAAUGAGUUAUCUUCUACAUGCAUUUAUCCAAGUCGGUGAGUUCCAUGGAGUCUCAAGUGGAUGUAUUUAUUACAGUUAACAGAAAUGUUUGAAGCAUUGUAAAACCAAUACCAGAAUCACCAUAUGUAGAUUUGUAAGCUCUGAAAGUCUGUACACUUGAAAGUAUCUGCAUGGAUAGUCCUGUAACGUCUAUAUGCAUGAUCAAACAAUUGUCCUGUCACAAAUCGAAGGAUGCCUGGGAAGGGAAACUUUUAAAAAUAUUCAUGGCAAAUUUAUCACACUACUGCAACCUUGUUUGUAUAUUUUUCAUAUUUUAAUUCAGUUUUCAUUUAGCUGAACUUAAAACUAGGGAUGUAAUGAGAAACAUGGCUGAUUAUUGUCUGAUUUGUCCCUGGCAAGUUAUAAUUUGAAGCUGGAAUUCCUUUGUC